AAGGGAGGAAGACGGAGCUCAGCGAGGAGGACGCCGAACCUCUGGGCGGAGAAGAGGAGAGAUCCCUAGUCAUACAGCUCAUCUCUGAGACCUGGGCGCUUCCACUGAGAGAGACUGGUUUGGUGUGCUCUCUGUUCAUUUCCAUGGCAGACUUGAUACUGACGGAGGGUUUAGCUGGGGAGCAGGAGGAGAAUGGAGGCAGACAUCAGACUGUGAGAUGGACACAGCCAUGCAUGAGACAGGCCAUGCGCCGAAAGCCAAAAAUGUGGGCAAGAUCUGGGCCUGGAGUUCAACUCAGAGCAUCAAAGACCCAAAAUUCCCCUGAAAACGCAGCGAGGGAGAGGAGUCGAGUGCGAAACCUGCGCCAGGCAUUUCAGAGCCUUCAGGCCGCCUUGCCAUCAGUUCCUCCGGACACAAAGCUCUCCAAGUUGGACAUUUUGGUCCUGGCCACCAAUUACAUUGCACACCUCACGGAGACGCUGGACCAGGGAGGAGGGGUGUGUGAUUUCCCCCCACUGCAGAGAACUGAAGGAUACCUGCACCCUGUAAAGAAAUGGCCCAUGCGCUCUCUGCUGUACUGUGGGAACAUUGGCGAGCGAAUAACAGCAGCAAACCCCAGUCAGGAGGAGUGCAAUUCCCCCAACAGCACAGCCAAUGUCCAAGCAGAAUGAGCUGAUAUAAUGUCUUUUAUCAACUCCUAAAAGAUCAAACCAUUAUAAUUUAACAUUGUGUUUAAUAUUAGGCUGAAUUCGGAUCAGACUUAUUCCAAUUUCCAAUAAUGCACAAUAUUUAACUUUUUUAAAUUCAACGGAAUUAAAGAUGAAGUUGAUUACUUGAA